CAGUUUAGUUUGAUUUAAUCAAUUACGGACACCGCAAGUACGCGCCUCGCUGGCGAGUUCGUGUCACUGAGCAACCCGUCAUUCCACCAGCCACAAUGCAGUACUACAGUCCAGCGUCCGUCUUAGUUUGCCUCAUUUUGGUGUGCAGUGUCGUUCAGGGUGCACCAAACGAUGGAAAAUAUAAUCCGCGCAAGUACAACAAAAAUGGAAAAUAUGUUCACAGAGGCGAAGGGACAGGAGAUUACGUCGAGGAUCUGAGCCGGUACCGGUACGUGCAUUAUGACGAUGGCGAUCGGGGAAGGUACUUCCACAUACACAUACCGUACGAUGGAGGGUACGGGAACUACGAAGGUGGACACGAACCAUACCGUUUCCCACCGUACGAUCCGGCAGGAGAGUAUGCCGAACAGAUCAACAAGUACUCGUACGAUCCGUUUAGAGCGAACGCGUACGACAUUAAGAAACCGUCCAUCUACCUCGAGUACGGUGUACCCACCGUAUCGGAAACUAACACCGCAUCCAGCGAUGUCCGGAAGUCGUUGUUGCCCGGUCCAGGCACGGCCUACCUACCUGCAGCAGAAUCCGACGAGCUGGACGUGCGCAAGUCACUCCUGCCCGGGCUCGGAACGGGAUACCUGCCCGUACUAACGCCCCAGGAGCAAGGACUCGCAAUCGGACUGUCCGAAAAGCGCUCCAAAGCUCUGCCCCAUCCCAACAGCAUCGAUGGAGUCGAUCACCUGACGACGACGGCUUCAACCCAUGAUAACUCUGCGCGUGCCACAACGACACAGUCUCCGAUCGAGACGUCCACCGUCUCUAAUAUAGGCACCGAUCGAACCGACGGACCGGCCGACGACUCGCUGCACAACCAUCCCUGCAUCGCCACCAGCGGCCCGCUCAAGCUCGCAGCCAAAGCGUGACGUGUGUGGGGAAAGCUUCGCAGAGUGCUUUCCGGAUUAUCGCAUACCGCCGAGCCCGUGAUGAUCCACUUUGUUAGUUGAUAAGCAGACGAUCUGUAUUUUGAAAGUUGUUGCCCCACAUAAAAACACAUCUCCACUCAAAAAAAAAAACUCCAGCUUGAAG